UUGUAUUCAUCUAUGGCCAUUACUAAAGUCAAGGGACACUUAAUUUUCUAUUUUGUAAUAUUGUUGAAUGAAUUUUGUGAAAGCUACGUCAACAUAUCAAAGCUUUGUUUAUUCAUGAUGAUAAGCAAAGAUAGAUUAAUCAACAGGGAGAUCCAUGGGUUAGAUUAUUUUGAUUAUAAUGGGUGACAUCGAGAUGCAUAAUAAGGUGGCUGUCACAGCAAGAGCACGCGCACACAUGUAUGGUGAAGAUGCAAAACGAUGAUAUUAUUUUAAUAAAAGAACUUUCUCAUCUUAGCAAUGGAAUCUCCCUUGUAUAAAUAAUACUUGUGUAUCAGUAGAUUUUCCAUGUACAAGAAAGAGUAAUAGUUGAGAGAUUCUUUACCGGAAAAAAGAAAAGACAGAGAAAAUGAACAUGGUGCAAGAGGAAAUCCGAAAGGGCCCAUGGACAGAACAGGAAGACAUUCUCCUGAUGAACUUUGUGGGUUUAUUUGGAGAUCGACGAUGGGAUUUUAUAGCAAAAGUAUCAGGUCUGAACCGAACUGGAAAAAGUUGCCGGUUACGGUGGGUUAACUACCUCCACCCUGGUCUUAAACGUGGCAAAAUGACUCCCCAAGAGGAGCGCCUUGUCCUCGAACUUCAUGCCAAAUGGGGCAAUAGAUGGUCAAGAAUUGCUCGCAAGUUACCUGGGCGAACUGAUAAUGAAAUCAAGAACUACUGGAGGACUCAUAUGCGGAAGAAGGCACAAGAGAGGAAGCGAGCUAUGUGUGCGCCAUCGUUUUCAAUUUCUUCUCCAUCAUCGACUGUUACGACGGUGGAUUCCGUGCAGUCUAAAACUGGGAAGGCGAGUUUUUAUGACACUGGAGGGCAUGAUGGUGAUCAAGUGAUGGGUAUGGCGGCAGUUGUUCAGGAAAAUGAAACUUUGGGAAACUCAAUGGAUGACAUAUGGAAAGAUAUUGAGUUUUCAGAAGAAAAUAACUGUUAUAUGAUCAAACCAAUUUGUGAAGAGACUACUUGCAACUUUUCUUGUGCUGCAAUAAUGGCCUCUCCGCCGUGGGAUUAUCCUUGGGACGACUGGCUGUGGAAGAUGGAUAAUUUUGAAGAAGAGAGUAAGUUGAUUAAUAAUCUCCCCAAUGAUCAAAUCAUUUCAUCCUUUAACGAAUAUGGAAUGGCGUAUUUAACUGGCUAAUCAAAAUUCAAUUGAUUUAUAUUUGUUCAUAUAUGUAUGAUUAUUAUUCCCCAAGGAAGCUCUAACCAGCUGUAUGCCAUGGCCAUGGGUUUUCUUCAAGCUUUUAUUUUGUGUGUCGUUUGCUUUUCAGAGAAGAAGAGAGCACCUUGUUGAAUCUCCUGUCAUGUUUGGAGAAUUUGUAUUCUUCAUAAAUGUAAUGUAAAAUAUCCCUUUUUAUCUACAAAUAAAGUUGCUUCUGUAAACAGAA